UGUUCGUCGAUUCUCAUCAUUUGCAGUGCUCGCGUUCGGAACCGUAGGUUGUAUUCUUCUGCGUCUUCCGUGAAAAUUCCCGUGAAAAGCGGCGGAAAACCGCCGGAACUGUAGUUAAUAGUGCCCCACCAGUGAACCGAGUGCUAGUGGAAGAACCCUACCACAAAUGUGUUAGACGUGGUCAAUUUAUAUUCAUCAACAUGGAAUCACAGGCAAAGGAAACGAAAGAAAUCCGCACCACUCGGUCACGGUCGAAAACGCCAGGGCUAGUUCUGCGGGAAAAGGCGGAUAAAACCGUCAACGGCGAUUCCGAUUCCUCCAAGGCAGCUGACAAAAAAUCGACCAAGGUCCACACCGUCACCAUAAUUGAGGAAGAACUUAACUCGUCGCAAAAAUCCACUGCCACCGAAAGCGGCACCGGAGCACGUUCAACCCGGCAAGCGCGCACCGUCACAUCGGACUACUCCUCCGAUGAUGUUUCUCCGGAUAAGGCAGCCUUAAAACAAUCGGCCAAAUUAAUCACCAUCACUACGUCGAGUUCCACCACGACGACAGCCAGUUCCGCGUCCAAAAGCAAUCAACCGUCAAAGUCUUCCCCCGACAAAAAGGAAGUCCGUCAGAACGAAAUCAACCGGGUGCUGGAGAAGUCCCAGACGGCUAUCCUACGGACCAGCACCCCGAAAGCAUCGUCGAAAACGGCGAAAACCGUCACCCUCACCUCGGAUGAGCUAAAACAACAUGCUGCCUACAAAGAGUACAAAGAAGCCGGUGAGUAUUGGAACAAGUUUCCAAAAACCGAUUACACCUACUCGGAACUAUCUCCGCACCGGCGAGAGAUCCUUCCCGGGGUGGUUGCGAUGCCCAACAUGUCCCGUCCUGGUUUGAGCAAGCACGGCGAACGGAUCAACGUUAUGAUUCAACGGAAUCCCGCCCAGGAGACGUACAUUCGCCAGCGCUAUGCCUCGUCCAAGUACUCGAGUGGCGGAGUUUCCGGGGGUAGCUUUGCCCAUGCUGAUCCGUACGAUUCCGGAGAAGAACAGCUGGAUUUGUCGCAUGUUUCCAAGUCCAACAGCUACCGGAAUAGCUACUGGAAGUCGUCUGCUACGUCCCAGGUACAGAUCGAGCACCAAUCGAUCGUACACCGGUUCUUCCUGGCGAUUGUGAACUUUUUCUACAGCAGUGUCCACUCGGUAUCCAGGGUGUUCAAUCGAUCCGAACACAAUCUAUACUACACCAGAAUUGAGGAUGAAAGAGGUUUCUUCGUCAAAACGUACUCGUUCUUCACGGCACUAACUACGAGUAUUUUCAAAAAAGUCUACCUACUGAUCUCAUCGGUCCUAUUUCUGGACACAUGGCUGCUUCAAACAGCGGCAAGCGACGUGCAACAGGGACGUCGCAAGCGCAAGUUCCUGCUUCUGCUGUUGAUCCUGCUACCGUUCCUGUUGUUUGGAGCCUACCUCCUGGCGGAUGAAGACCAAACGAUCGUCCUGCCGGCAUCGAAACGUGCCUCAUUUGCCCUGUCCUCGCUAUCCAACGUCCUACCAUCAAUGAGCGGUGAAGAUUUUGACAGCUUCAAAGCCAAUCUGUUCCAGAAGCUAGACUGGCGAGAGUCCAGUUUCUCCUGGCGAUCGCUACUACGUUCCUUCAGCUUCAGCUUCUGGAGCUCUUCUGGAUCGGGGCCACAGUACGAGAAACUGCGAAGUAAUUUACAGAAUACCCUGAGCAGGGAAGAGUAUGACAGUCUUAUGCAGCAUAUCGAUGCGUACAUAGAGGGACUGCUGACGGAAAAGUAUUUACAAAAGGAGCAACAGGAAGCGCAGGCAAAGCAAAGACUAAAUCCGGAAGUGACGCUACACAUUGCCAAUACGGUACAACAGAACCUGAGAGAGUACAACUACAAACUAAGUCAGGACGAUGUGGACCGCGUUGCUGAGAAAGUGAGGAUUGAGUUGCUCGCUAGUUACCCGAAUGUGUUCAGUCGAGAUACAGCAGAAGCAGAUGACCGUACUAAACGAGAAGCGACAGUGGAAGUAUCUAAGGAAACGCUAGUUGAGCUGCAAAGAUUAAUUAAACAGGAAAUCAGCAUUACGAAUAAUAAUUUUGUAAUCAGUGAUCAACAGUUGGAGGAAGUUCUUCUGAAGACUUUAUCCUCAAGCAGACUUGUGGAGUUGAUAGAUUCUAGAGUUCUAUUACAGACGAAAGAUUCUAAAAAACAACAUGAAAGUCAAGCAGCUUUGAUUGAGAAUUUGAAAAAUGAAAUCACCGAAAUCAAAACUCAUUUCACGGAGAAACUGCUUGCUAGUAGCUUGAUGGUGGAGGAUAAUUUGAAAUCACUUAGGGAAAAUCAGGACAGGAUUGCCGAUCAGGUUCACAGUUAUCGGAUCGAAAAUGAUGAAAAGUAUGUUCGGUUGCUGGCUAGUAUUGACGAGCGCUUAGCUGCUGCGCAGCAGGAGCAGUUCGCUGGAUUGAAUACUAUUAUCAAGAAGAAUAUUAUUACUAUUCUUGGGCUGAACGUGCAGGAAGAUUUCACCGACGAGGAUCUUAAAACCUGGAUUAGCAAUCUAUUCGUAGCGAAGGACUAUCUGGAGAGUCGUCUGAAAGAGUAUCAAGAGGGGGUCAGCGCUUUGAUUCAGCAGGAGAUGGAAAGAUCUGCUGUAACGUUGAUGAAGGACAUAAGUGAAAAGAUACAGACGGAAGUACUUGCCUCGAUCCAGUCGUUCAAGAAUGAAGUAAACAUUGAUGCAAAAGCUGGCGGAAUACCGUCCGAGAAUUGUGGGGGUGGUGGCGGUAUUACGGAAGACCACGUGCGAAGGAUUGUCCGGGAUGCUCUCCGUAUCUACGAUGCGGAUAAAACGGGACUAGUAGACUACGCGCUUGAGUCCGCCGGUGGACAAAUUCUGUCCACCAGGUGUACGGAAAGCUAUCAGACGCACUCGGCGCAGAUUUCGAUAUUUGGGAUUCCACUGUGGUAUCCGACCAACACACCGAGGACCGUCAUUUCGCCCACCAUGCAGCCUGGACAGUGUUGGGCCUUCUCCGGGUUUCCCGGGUAUCUUGUCAUCCAGCUGAAUAGCGACGUUCUCGUGACUGGCUUCUCGCUGGAACAUAUCUCUAAACUGCUUGCACCAAAUGGACAAAUUGAUUCCGCUCCGAUGAAUUUCUCCGUUUGGGGCCUCGCCAACGAAAACGAUCCUCAUCCGAUCCUGUUGGGUAACUACGUGUACGAGGACAACGGAGCCGCGCUGCAAUACUUCCCGGUUGACAACCCGAAUCGGCGGGAGCUGCGAGGACGAGCAUUUCGUAUUGUCGAGUUGCGCAUCGAGUCCAACCAUGGCAAUGAGAACUACACGUGUCUGUAUCGGUUCCGGGUGCACGGCGAAAGGCUGUGAGUGGAAACGUACAGUUGAUUUUAGGUGGGGUCUCGGGGGUCGCUGUAAAUAACUGGGGAGGAAGAAGUUUUAAUUUUUAUUUAUUUAUAUUUUUAGUGGAUAAGUCGAUUUAACCACCUUCUUUUUUGUUGGGCUUAAGUUGUUUUUUUAUUAGUUUUAGGAAGUAUGCAAGAUGAUGGUGCAAUAACUACCACUUUGGAAUAGUUACGUAUGUUCCCGUUUGGGGGAACAAGUGAGCACUUAAUCAGGAACCAAAUGUUAGAAGUUUAAGUGUGUAAAAUUAGAAGCUUUGUUUCAUCUUAUUAUUCUAACUAAUGUUCUUUGAAAACUUCUACUUUUGUAGAUAUUUUCAAAGAAUUUUCAUCUGUCACUCACUCUUUGCUUUCCUUUACUACUAUUAAAACCUAAACCCUACGUUAGAUUUUAUCUAGUUUGCAUGAAUGGAAUUUAAUGCUUUGGUGUGAUGUUGUUUAUUGUUUAAAAAAGGCUAAACGAACGUAA